GGAGCAGUGGGUGCUGAGGAGCAGCUGGCACUGGCCCUACUGUGCUUGGCAGGGCAGCCCAGGCUGCCAGCGGCAUUGCUGAGGCCGAGGCACCAGGCCGGUGCUUGUGGCCGAGCCUGCCCUUUGAAGCAGCAGCCUCGGGUCCCUGUAACUGAACUCAAAGAGAUCAUGCCUCUUCCAGAAACCAUGUUCUGUGCUCAGCAGAUUAAAAUCCCCCCUGAGCUACCUGAUAUUCUGAAGCAAUUUACUAAAGCUGCUAUUAGGACUCAACCUCAUGAUGUUUUGCAGUGGGCAGCUGCGUAUUUUUCGGCGUUGUCAAAAGGCGAGCCCCUUCCUGUGAAGAAAAGGAUUGAAAUGCCUUUAGCAGCAGAGAAAACAGAUGCUGGUUUGACCCCAGGACUCCUUAAAAUCUUGCAUGAGCAGCUGUCUCCCAAAGGCAUGGUGAGCGUUGCACAACUGAAGGAGAAAUGGAAGCACUUGUGCUUGCCAGAAGAGCAGCUGAAAGCUAUCUUGCAGUUGGAUGACUUCGGUGAGGAGGUGGAAUGGAUGAAGGUUCUGGCACUUGGGUGCAGCGUGCUCGGCAGGUCUUUACUGAGUUCAAUGAAACACGCCUGUGAAAUCUUAACAAGGGAGCCAGAAGGAGGAGCGGCUUGCAUUCCCUUUGAAACAUUCUCAUUCCUCUACUCCUAUUUAGCCAGUAUUGAUGGAGAGAUACCAGAGGAGAAAACUGAAGUAUUCCUCCACAGAAUUAAAGAACAAGCUGACCAACAAGCUGGCAUGGUGCUGCUCAGAAACUUUCUGACUCAGCCCUCAACACUGUUUUGAUUGAAGCCUACUCUUCAGCACCAGGUGAUAGGG